UGUUCUGCAGAAUACCUCUCCCCUCUCCUCUCUCUCUUAUAAUUUUUUUUUUUGUUUCAUCUUCGUUAUCAUUGUCAAUCAAUUCACAAGCGAUUCUACUUUUUCUUUGUCCUUUCACCUGCAAACUAAGUGAGGGAAGCAGAAGCUAUGGAGUUCUUCCACGAAAUCUGCUUAACUGUUAUUCUUUCGUUCAUCUUCGCAUUCCUCGUCGCCAAGCUUCUUUCAAUGGCGUCGGCUGGAGAUGCUGGUGAGCAGGAUUCUGUGUCAAGACUAGGAAAGAAAUUUGAUGAUGGCGUUGUUGCGGAGGAGAGAGUGUUUAAAGGAGAAGUUAAGAAUCUAAGAUUGAAGCCUGAAGAACGAGUUGAAUUUGUUGGUGAAGCUGUGAAGGUUGAUGAAUUUCAAGCUGAUUUGGCUCAAGAAAAGUUGGAAAGGGUGCAAGAAGGUUGCGAACCGGUUGAGUUUCGUGAAGAUGACCAGAUGGCGACGAAGGAAGAAGGUUUAGAAGGAGUCAAGGCUCACAAGUUCUUGGAAGAUAAGCUCGUCGAGGAGAGGUCUGGAAAGGAGGAUGUAAAAGCUGGUGAUGCUGAUUUGGGUGAGGUCGAGAAACAAGUUAUGUCCAAUGAUGAUCGGGUGGAAGCCAAUUUGGUUGAAGAAAGGCACGAGACUGGAGAGGUUUCGGAAAUUAAUAGAGAAUUGACAAAGGACGAACAGAUGCCUGCCAGGGAUGAGGAGUUUCCGGUUAUCGGGUGUGUGAACUAUCAGGAAAAAGGAAUUGAGGGAAGGGAGAAAAGUAGACCGAAUGAUGAAAAAGCAGGAAUGUCUGGAGAUGAUGAUGACGACUGGGAGGGGAUCGAAAGAAGUGAUGCGGAGAAGCUUUUUGCUGCCGCUGCAUCUUUUGUUGGUUCUACUGAUAACAGUGAUCGCCUAUCGAACGUUGGCAGUGAUGUGCAGAUGCAGUUAUAUGCGCUUCACAAGAUUGCCACAGAAGGGUCUUGCCACGAGCCUCAACCAAUGACACUUAAGGUCUCUUCCCGUGCAAAGUGGAAUGCUUGGCAGCGUUUGGGGAACAUGAAUCCAGAGGUGGCUAUGGAGCAAUAUAUCUCUCUUCUUUCAGAUAGUGUUCCAGGAUGGAUGGGAGGAACUCCUGGAGUUAACAGUAAGAAGGAUUCUCUGGAAAUUGGAAUACCUGGAGCUCAAGCUCCUGAUUUAACCACAGUUCUUCACCAUCAGCCUAGUUUGGAAACGGAAAGGAAACAAGAAGGGAAUGACUCUUCUGUUGGAGGAGGUGAUGCCAUCAAGGACCCACAUUAUUUGGACAGGGACAAACUAUGAUAGAUACUCCAAUGCAGUGGCCUGCCUACAACCCCAGGAGACAUUCUCUUGGGUUUUCCUGAUUGAAAAAGGGGACAAAUCUCCCAAUUACAGAAGUAUGGAAGCCUCAGGUUUGCUUGCAGUAUUGGAGGCUGUUAUGCUGCUUUUACCAGCUUUCAGUUGCCUUAAAAUAAUGUUCCCAUGUUUUAAGGGUCAAUAUAAUGCAUAUUAUGUAUAUAUGUAUAUGGUGUAUGUUUUGCAGACUUUAGUCCUUGUUAUGUUGAAAAAAUAAAUAAAUAUUUA